AUGGCAGACUUUGUUUGCAACAAUAUCAUUUAUCGGUUUGGGAUUCCAGAAUCAAUUAUAACAGAUAAUGCGGCCAAUCUCAACAGCGAUCUUAUGAAGGAAAUUUGUGAGCGAUUUAAGAUUGCUCAUCAAAAUUCCAUAACUUAUCGGCCGCAGAUGAACGGAGCGGUCGAAACUGCAAAUAAGAAUAUCAAGAAGAUUUUAAGGAAGAUAGUGGAUAGUCACAGACAAUGGCAUGAGAAGUUACCAUAUGCUCUGCUUGGUUAUCGUACCACAAUCAGAACCUCCACUGGGGAAACUCCUUAUAUUUUGGUUUAUGGUUUAGAAGCAGUAAUACCUGCUGAAGUGGAAAUACCAUCUUUGAGGAUUAUUCAAGAGUUGAUGCUUAUUGAUGAGAAAAGAAUGGACGCAGUUUGUCAUAGUCAACCUUAUCAAAAUAGAAUGGCCAAAGCAUUCAACAAGAAAGUCAAACCUCGACAGUUCACACUGGAACAAUUAGUAUUGAAGAAGAUAUUUCCUCACCAAGGAGAAGCUAAGGGGAAAUUCGCACCAAACUGGCAAGGUCCUUACAUGGUUCAUAGAGUAUUAUCUGGAGGAGUAGUAAUCUUGGCAGAAAUGGAUGGCACAGUGAGUACGAAGCCAAUCAACUCAGACUCCAUCAAGAAGUACUAUAUCUGA